CUCCCCCCCCCUAGAAAGAUCUACUCGCCGCCUCGACGCAUUUCACUCAGCGCUCUCUGUAAAACCCUAAACCCUAAGCAACAGAAACCUCCGGAGCUAAGCCGAAGGAGCAAACGCCGCAUCACUGAUCCAAUGGCGACCGCCGUCUUGCUCAGAUCUCUCCGUCGCCGUGACCUUGCUACCUCCUCUCUCUCUGCCUACAAGGCCUUUGCUGCCAACACUAAUCCCUCAAUCGGAAGUGCUAGAUGGGCUAGUCUGGCCAGACCAUUUAGCUCAAAACCAGCUGGAAAUGAUAUUAUAGGCAUUGACUUGGGUACCACGAACUCCUGUGUUGCUGUCAUGGAGGGCAAGACUCCUAAAGUGAUUGAAAAUUCUGAAGGAGCUCGGACCACACCUUCUGUAGUUGCUUUUAACCAGAAAGGAGAAUUACUUGUUGGUACACCAGCCAAACGUCAGGCUGUCACAAAUCCCACAAACACUCUCUUUGGGACCAAACGUCUAAUUGGUAGACGCUUUGAUGAUCCCCAGACACAGAAGGAAAUGAAGAUGGUUCCAUUCAAAAUUGUGAGAGCCCCCAAUGGAGAUGCUUGGGUGGAAGCGAAUGGACAACAAUAUUCUCCAAGUCAAAUUGGAGCCUUUGUUCUAACAAAAAUGAAGGAAACUGCAGAAUCUUAUCUGGGAAAGACUGUAACAAAGGCUGUGAUCACUGUUCCAGCUUAUUUUAAUGAUGCCCAAAGGCAGGCAACAAAGGAUGCUGGGCGAAUUGCUGGUCUUGAUGUAGAAAGGAUUAUUAAUGAGCCCACUGCUGCUGCACUUUCUUAUGGUAUGAACAAUAAAGAAGGUCUUGUUGCAGUUUUUGAUCUUGGUGGUGGAACCUUUGAUAUUUCCAUUCUGGAGAUUUCAAAUGGUGUUUUUGAGGUCAAAGCAACUAACGGUGACACCUUUUUGGGAGGAGAGGACUUUGACAAUGCUUUGUUGGAUUUCUUGGUCAAUGAGUUUAAAAGAACGGAGAACAUUGAUCUUUCAAAAGACAGACUUGCCCUGCAAAGGCUUCGUGAGGCUGCUGAGAAAGCUAAAAUAGAGCUUUCAUCAACAUCUCAAACCGAAAUCAAUUUGCCAUUUAUCACUGCUGAUGCAUCGGGAGCAAAGCAUCUUAAUAUCACAUUGACCAGAUCAAAAUUUGAGGCUUUGGUUAAUGAUUUGAUUGAGAGGACUAAGAAUCCAUGCAAGAAUUGUUUGAAAGAUGCAGGAAUAUCUACCAAGGAAGUGGAUGAGGUUCUACUUGUUGGUGGCAUGACCCGUGUUCCAAAGGUGCAGGAGGUGGUAUCUGAGAUAUUUGGAAAGACCCCAAGCAAGGGGGUGAAUCCUGAUGAGGCAGUUGCAAUGGGAGCUGCAAUUCAAGGUGGCAUUCUUCGUGGAGAUGUGAAAGAGUUGCUUCUCCUGGAUGUCACUCCAUUGUCUCUUGGUAUUGAGACAUUAGGAGGUAUCUUCACUAGGUUGAUCAACAGGAAUACUACCAUUCCCACAAAGAAAAGCCAGGUGUUCUCUACAGCUGCUGACAACCAAACACAGGUUGGUAUUAAAGUACUCCAGGGUGAACGUGAAAUGGCAUCUGAUAACAAGCUCCUUGGCGAAUUUGAGCUUGUGGGUAUUCCCCCUGCUCCAAGAGGCAUGCCUCAGAUAGAAGUGACAUUCGACAUUGAUGCCAACGGUAUUGUCACAGUUUCAGCUAAGGACAAGGCUACUGCCAAAGAACAGCAAAUCACCAUCCGAUCAUCUGGAGGACUCUCAGAAAGUGAAAUUGAGAAGAUGGUGCAGGAAGCUGAGAUCCAUUCCCAGAAAGAUCAAGAAAGGAAGGCUUUGAUCGAUCUAAAGAACAAUGCAGACACUACUAUCUACAGUAUUGAGAAGAGUGUGAAUGAAUACAAAGACAAGGUUCCCAAGGAGAUCAUUUCAGAAAUUGAAUCAGCUGUGUCAGACUUGAGAACAGCCAUGGCUGGUGAAAACAUUGAUGACAUCAAAUCCAAGCUUGAUGCAGCAAACAAAGCUGUUUCAAAGAUCGGCGAGCACAUGUCUGGUGGGUCUGGCGGUGCUGCCUCCGGUGGUGCUCAAGGUGGCGAGCAGGCUCCUGAGGCCGAUUACGAGGAAGUCAAGAAGUAGAAAAUGUUAGUCCCAAAAUUGAACUAGUUUUUUUUUUUUUCAAGUAAUGAGAUAAAAAGUAUUUGAUCAUCUUCCCUUUAGAAAAUGAGAGGUUCCAAUCCUCUGUUAUCAGCACUUCAAUUUUCAAGCAUUUUGUAUCUACACUUCAGAAACACCAGGGCUCUUGCAUCCUGACAGACUUUGUAGGAGACUGAAAAUUUUUUGAGAACUACAUGGGAUUUGAUUGAGAUAAUCUUUACCUUAUGAAUAAAUGGUGCCUUUGCUUA